AUGGGCUGCUUCCACUCAAAGGUAGCAAGAGAAUUUCGAGGACACGAAGACCCUGUCAGGCUCUCCUCCGAGACUGCCUUUAGUGUGAGUGAGGUUGAAGCAUUGUUUGAGCUAUUCAAGAGCAUAAGCAGCUCGGUUGUUGAUGAUGGUUUGAUAAACAAGGAGGAGUUUCAACUUGCAUUGUUCAAAAACCGGAAGAGGGAGAAUAUAUUUGCUAAUAGGAUAUUUGAUAUGUUUGAUGUUAAACGAAAAGGAGUCAUCGAUUUUGGGGAUUUUGUUAGAUCACUCAACGUUUUCCACCCCAAUGCUUCUCUAGAAGACAAAAUAGAUUUUACAUUUAGGCUUUACGACAUGGACUGUACGGGUUUCAUUGAACGUCAAGAGGUUAAACAAAUGUUGAUCGCCCUUCUCUGUGAAUCUGAAAUGAAAUUGGCUGAUGAAACCAUAGAGAUAAUACUAGAUAAGACAUUUGAGGAUGCAGACGUGAAUCAGGAUGGAAAAAUUGAUAAAUUAGAGUGGAGCGAUUUCGUAAACAAAAACCCAUCAUUGCUUAAGAUCAUGACUCUCCCAUAUCUCAGGGAUAUAACGACAACAUUUCCGAGUUUUGUCUUCAAUUCGGAGGUCGAAGAGAUUGCCACAAAACUCAGAUUACAUCAGGAUAACGAAGAAAAGGUUUAUUCUUCUUCAUCAACAUCAGCACCUUCAUCUUCCUUGUCUCCUUCAACAGCUCCUCCACCUUCUGCAACUCGCAUCUGGACACAUGAUGUCUUCCUAGCUUUCGCGGGGAAGAUGUCCGCAGAGGCUUUCUCAGUCAUAUUCAGAUGGAGUUUCAGAGAAAAGAAAUCAGUCCUUCCAUCGGUCCCGAGCUCGUUCGAGCUAUUAGAGGUUCUAAGAUUGCAAUUAUCUUGA